CCUUACCCUCCAUUCAAACAACUUAGACAGAUCUAGAAUUCCCAUCCCAUCCGCAUAUACCCAGGUACAAGGAUUAACAGUGAUAGACCUGACUCCGCCUGGCUAGCUGACCGACCGACACGUAAACAAAUAGACAAUAGACACAUGCAUCUGACAUGUCCAGCUGAUGCUUCGGCGCGUCAGUUCCUUGCAGUCCUGACGGCCCAAACUCCACUGUCUAUCGAUCGACGUUCUGGAAAUCUUCCCAAUAAGGAAUCAUUUAUUCUCGAUGCUCGCUUGGCGAGAGCGACUCGGAGUUAGGUUCCUUUUCACAGUCCCUAUAAAGGCCUGUGUCUCGCUGGGCUUUACACGAAUGCUGAAUGCUGGUUUCGAGGGUGCUGCUCGCCGGGGAGAUCGUUUGUUCUUGUCUUGUUUGCGCUUUUCUCUGAAUCGUCUUACCUGAUUCAUCGCAUCUCCAAUCCCUGUUCCUUUUUGGUAUAUAUCAACAGCAGCGAAGAUGGAAGAACGAGGCCGUCCUCGCGAACGGCCCGGAGAGCAAUGGACGCCGCAGACAGUCCUCAGAACCCUCCCCUACCCCUACCCACCCUGCACCACCACCAGCGCCAGCUCCAACCGCAGUCCCCCCAACCCCAUCCCCUUCUUCCACCUCCUCGAACGCCUCAAAACAACCCCCCGCUCCGGCUGGCUCCAAGUCGGCAUCCCCCACGGCGAGUCCAUCUCCGACCACAUGUACCGCAUGGCCGUGAUGGCGAUGAUCCCGCCGCCGAGUCUGGCGCCGCGACUGGACGUGGCCCGGUGCAUCGCCAUGGCGCUGGUGCACGACAUGGCGGAGUGUCUGGUGGGGGACUUCACGCCGCGGGAUACGGGUGUGUCCAAGCGGGAGAAGGCGAGAAGGGAGGGGGCCACGAUGGAGUAUAUUCAGGGGGGGUUGUUGGGGUUUUUGAAGCAGGGGAGUGCUCAUGGAGGUGAUCUGAUGGGUUUGUUUCAUGAGUAUGAGGCCAAUACGACGCUGGAGGCGCGCUUCGUGCACGACGUCGAUAAGCUGGAGAUGCUGCUGCAGGUGUUGGAGUAUGAACGGGCGACGGGACGGCGGCUGGACGAGUUCUAUCAUGUGGUGGAGGAGAUUGGACUGGCGGAAAUGAGGGAGUGGGCGGGGGUGGUGGUGCAGGAGCGAGAGGAGUUCUUUGCGGUGACCGCUCUUUUCCAUGAGCGAUAUUCCUGUCCCUCCAUCAUUGGCGGGUAA